UUAUUUUCUUUAGUUCUUGAUAUAUGUCUUUAUUUAAAUGAAGAAGCAGUAUAACGUUAGGAUUAGCAAUAAAAAUUAUGUAUGAAAUAGCAUCGGUUACUUUACCAUGAAUAGACAGACAUGCAAAUGCUUAGAAGUGCCAAUUAUUAAAACAAACCCUAACUGAUUUAUUUUUGAUUUUAACAAAUCAGCUCCUCCCAUCACAGUCACAUCAUCAGUAAAGCUCCUCCCACUACAAUUCUCCAAUAAAUGCUGGAAUAUUCCCAUCAGAUGAGCAUCAGAGCAUCAGGAGGAGCUGAAAUCUGCAAAGACUGAGUUUAUUAAAGAGGACAGUGAGAACAUGAGUGAUCCAGAACCCUGCAGAAUGAAACACACUGAAGAUACUGAAGAACAAAGAGAUAUGAUUAAAGAGGAGGAGGAGAGUGAAGAACUGAGUGAAGUGGAGGAGAAACAUCAUGUCAAACCUGGAGAAAAACCAGCCUGCAAUCAGAGUGGAAACAGCUUCACAACCAAACAACAUCUUGAGCUUCACAUGAGAAUUCAUACUGAUAUGAUUAAAGAGGAGGAGGAGAGUGAAGAACUGAGUGAAGUGGAGGAGAAACAUCAUGUCAAACCUGAAGAAAAACCUUUGAGUUGCUCAAAGACUAAAAAUACGUUUUUAAAGAAAAGAAGAGCCAAGAAAUCUACAACCUGCACUCAGUGUGGAAACAGUUUCAUAACCAAACAACAUCUUGAGCGUCACAUGAGGAUCCACACUAGAGAGAAGCCGUUCACAUGUGAACAGUGUGGAAAGAGAUUCACAUCCAAACAAAAUCUUGAUGUUCACAUGAGGAUCCACACUGGAGAGAGACCAUUCACAUGUGAUCAAUGUGGAAAGAGUUUAUUAACCAAACAGAGUCGUGAUGUUCAUAUGAGGAUCCACACUGGAGAGAGACCAUUCACGUGUGAUCAAUGUGGAAAGAGCUUCACAACCAAACAAAGUCUUAAUUUUCACAUGAGAGUUCAUACUGGUGAGAAGCCAUUCACAUGCGAUCAGUGUGGAAAGAGAAUGUCAAGCAAUCGUGAUCUUGAGAUUCACAUGAGGAUCCACAAUGGAGAGAAGCCGUAUGUAUGCAGUCAAUGUGGAAACAGUUUCAUAACCAAACGCAGACUUGAUGUUCACUUCAGAGUUCAUACUGGAGAGAAGCCAUUCACAUGUGACCAGUGUGGAAAGAGCCUCACAACCAGUCGUAAUCUUGAGAUUCACAUGAGGAUCCACACCGGAGAGAAACCAUUCACAUGUGAUCAAUGUGGCAAAACAUUUAUUGGGUCAAUAAACCUGAAGAAACACCUGAUUGUUCAUACAAAUGAGAAACCAUAUUCAUGUUCUGUGUGUGGAAAGAGUUUUUCACGGCGGCAUAGUUUAAAAAAACAUCAGAAAAUACACACUGAUGUGAGAGAGUUCAAGUGCUUUGAGGGUGGGAAGACUUUUAUUACAGGGAGUGAUUUAAAAAAACACCAGAGAAUUCACACUGGAGAAAAACCUUACAAGUGUUCACACUGUGAUAAGAGAUUCAGUUGUUCAUCAUCUAUGAAAACACACGAGAGGUUCCACACUGGAGAAAAUCUUUAUAAGUGUUCACACUGUGACAAGAGAUUCAGUUGUUCUUCAUCUCUGAAAAUACAUGAGAUGAUCCACACUGGAGAAAAACCUUACAAGUGUUCACACUGUGACAAGAGAUUCAGUGUGUCAGUAUCUCUGAAAAGACAUGAGAUGAUCCACACUGGAGAAAAACCUUACAAGUGUUCACACUGUGACAAGAGAUUCAGUUGUUCAUCAUCUCUGAAAACACACGAGAUGAUCCACACUGGAGAAAAACUUUAUAAGUGUUCACACUGUGACAAGAGAUUCAGUUGUUCUUCAUCUCUGAAAACACAUGAGAGGAUUCACACUGGAGAAAAACCUUACAAGUGUUCACACUGUGACAAGAGAUUCACUGUGUCAUCAUCUCUGAAAACACACGAGAGGAUCCACACUGGAGAAAAACUUUAUAAGUGUUCACACUGUGACAAGAGAUUCAAUGUGUUAGCAUCUCUGAAAAGACAUGAGAUGAUCCACACAGGAGAAAAACCUUACAAGUGUUCACACUGUGACAUGAGAUUCAAUGUGUCAUCAAAUUUGAGAACACAUGAGAGAAUUCACACUGAAGAAAAACCUUACAAGUGUUCACACUGUGACAUGAGAUUCAGUGUGUCAUCAAAUCUGAAAACACAUGAGAGAAUUCACACUGAAGAAAAACCUUACAAGUGUUCACACUGUGACAUGAGAUUCAGUGUGUCAUCGUCUCUGAAAAGACAUGAGAGGAUCCACAGCAGAGAGAAGCCACAUGUGUGUAAAACUGAAGAAACUGGAAAAUAGGCUUUCUCUCUGAGAAAAACAAAAGAAAUUAACAUUUUAACUCCUUGCAAAAUUUUAGCCCCACUAAGUCUCAAAGUUUGAUUGUCUCUGUUUUUAAAUAAAAGUAUUUGAUUAAA